UAAACUUCACUGAUUUAAAUCUUAAAAUCAAGUAAAACUUUUUUCUAGUUUUGUAACUGAGAAAUGGAGCAAGGUGCGUCGUCUGUCGAGUCGGUGGAGAGCCUUGAGCUCCCGGAGAAGCAGCCUGCCAUCUGUCCGGUGGCCAAUUGCCCGGCCGUGGUGCGCCACACCCACCUGCUGCGGCACAUGAUCAGCGAGCAUUUGGAUCCGCGCUCCCGAACGCUUCCCUUCCAGCUGCGCCUGCGCCAAGUGACCAGUGGGCAGCGCACCCUGCUGAUGCUCGCCUACCGCCAGCUGAUCCUGGAUCGGGACCAGUGCCUCGCCGUACUCAACUGGAGCCCGGAGGCACCCUUCGGCCUGAUGGAGCCGCAGCUGGACCUGCCCCCAUGCCACCAGGCGCUCACGCUCCACCUGCCCGUUCUGGUGAUGGUCUGCCGCACCACCUGGAAGGCCCUGCUCAAACAGGACAAGGGCGACAAGAGGUCCAGGCACGCCGAUCCCGACCCCGACUCCGAGUGGGGCACCGUCUACCUGCUCUGGCUAGUGGCACCCUUCACCCGGCGGCCCAUCGGUGCGAGUCUCGCCGUUCUCAACAGCCAGCUGCAGUGCAUCGUGCGCCGGAAUCGCCGCCGGAUCCGGAACUUCGCCAGCCGAAUGCCCAUCAGCCGGUUCAUCAACGGAUUGGAUCCCUUCUUCGUCAGCCUCAACGAGGACGAGCUGGACGAGCAGUGCGAUGGCGUCGGCGAUCAGGCAUCCGUCUUCCUGGAGGUCAUCAUAGAGGGGGGAGCAGGCCACCUGACAGCCAUUUCAAAUCGAAAACUUUAACAAAUUGUACGUUUCUGUAGCUUGUCAGCAAAUAUGGUAGCAUGUAAAUAAAAAGACUACAGAUAAGUGAAGUAA